UAACACAUCUCUAGUUGGCGUCACGUUAAAUACAACAAGAAAUUUGGACUUGCACUAAAAGCUGAAACAAAUAAAACAUAUCUUCACUUUGAUUUGGACAAAAUAAAUAUAUAUUAAAAAUAAAAUGUCCAGCGGAGCUGAUCAGAAAGCUUCAGCUGGCGACAACAUCGUGAACGAGCAGCCAAUCGAAAUAAGCUCAGAUUCGAGCAUCGAGGAUAAUAGCGGCUGUGAUGCACCGUCCGAUUCGGACAGUGAUGUGAGUAUCUUGAGCUCGCUGGUAGACAGCACCGAUUCGCACGAUGAUCAAAAGCUGGCCGAUGAAUUUUCAGCCAUAUUAGCCAUACCAAAUAAGAGAUAUAAACAUUAUAUGGAUUUGUGUACCACGGCCUUCAAGUUGAAUGUGUUUGAAAAGAUCGAAGUGGCUAUCAAUGAGUUCCAGGAAUACACAAUCGUACCGCCGCACAUAUGGCUUCGCUAUCUCAAGACUCUGAAGGUGGUCACACAAACGCCGGCGGAGUGGGUGGUCUUUCAAACAAAAUGCAGUACGGCGCUAACCAGCUUCUAUGAUGACCAACUGGCUGAAUUUGUUGUCAAAAGCUUAAUGGAACAGCCACUCGUGGAUCACCUGUCGAUGUGGUCCAAAAUUCUGGCAGAUUAUGGCUUGGAACGUAUUGAUUUCAUUGAGGAAGUACGUAAAUUGCUCAGCGGCGUUAAUGAAAAAGACGAAAUUGAGAAGGUUGAGCAGACAAUGAGCACGAAUUGCGUGACAUGGAGUUGCGACAAGGAUAAGUUGGAGGCUAUUGCAGAUUUGAUUGAUGAGUUCAAACAGAAGUUGAAAUCCAAUGCAGAGAACUCGUCCUGGCUGCAGGAAAGCUAUUUACUGAGGGCUGAGACCUUGUCACUUAGCACAAAUCUGAAAUGCUCCUUGGCCAAAUUGAUUUACGAGCGUUGCCUCGCCAAAUAUCCCACUGAUAGUCGCUUGUGGCUGGACUACAUAGCCUAUAUGGAGAAGCCAAUGGAGCCGGAAGGUGAAGCCAUGGCUCACACUGCAGUGUGCGAUGGCUAUUUAAAGUGCAAGCCCUUGGAGCUGAUUAACCGUGUGCUCCAGACAAGGCCAACAAUUGCGCUCAAUCACAAGUAUCUGGAGUUGAUGGAACAAAACAAACUGAGCCCGGAGCAAGUCGAUUCGGAGAUUAAGCGGCAGCUUCAACGCAUCGAGCCGUAUAUGGAAAUGAAUGUUGAACUCCAGCUGGACUACCUGGCCUAUCGCGUGCGUCACACCGAAGUCCACAACGAGGAGCAGGUUAAUCAGCUGCGCGAUGCCUUUCGUGAGGUGUGGGAUCGCUUAUCUGAACUCUACGGCGACCUGGCAGACACCAGCUACGAAGUGCUCCAGCUGUGGGCUCAGGUGGAGUACGCAAAGCUAAACAAUCCCGAGAAUGGAGCUGCCAUCUGGUGUGAGAUAUUCAAUUAUCCGGGCAGCAGCGUCAGGAGCCAUCUGUGGCUCUCCUAUGCCCAAAUGGAGAUCGAAUAUAACAAGGGGCACAAGGUGUCCAUUGUGCUGCGGCAGGCUUUGGAGGCGCUCUCUAUGACGCCGGAUGUGCAUGUCAUAGUGGAACUCUAUCGACGUAACGAGCGCUGCUUUGGCAACUAUGAAUCGAUUGCCGAAUGUCAAAAGUACUGCGAGGCAUACGUGGAACAGCAGCAGCAUGUGGACCCCUAUAGGCAACAAUCAGCUUGGAGGCAGGGAAAUAAUAGGCGAAUACAAUCAUACCAAAAGCCAGAGAAGAAGCCUCCCAUCAAAUCGUCCCGCAAACAGUUGCCGGCUGCCAAGAAAAUAAUGCCAUCAGAGCCACCAGCUAAAGAAACAAAGGAAUCCAAUUUCAAGUAUUCACCGAAUAUGGAAGAGAACAAGAUAUUCAUAAAAAAUCUUUAUGCCAAUUGUACCAAAGAUGAUCUAACUGAUGCAUUCGAAAGCUUUGGCACCAUCAAGGAUGUGCGCUUGGUCUACAGACCUAGCAAUCAAAGGUUCAAGGGCAUUGCGUACAUUGAGUUCGAAAAGGCGGAGGAUGCACAAAAAGCGGUCAUCGGCGGCGAUGGUAUCGAGAUUGGCGGCCAAAAGAUUGAGGUUGCUAUUUCAAAUCCGCCACCUAAACUUGCCACAGGGCCUUCUACAUCCUCGGGAGCAGCAACAGUAGCAGCAGCCGCCGGUGAUAAAAAGAAGCCAGAAAAACGUCGCAUUCAAACAUCACUGAUACCCACAAGGUUGGUCCUAAAUGAGGUGAAGCGACGCAAGAAACUCGAGUUGGAUGAUGAUGCAGCCGUCAGCAGUACAAACGAUGCGGCCAAUGGCAACAGCAACAGUGCCAAUGGCAAUGAUAAUGGCAAUGGCAAUGGCAAUGAGACAGCCAACGAACCGGAACAGUCAUCGGCAACGGCGACUGUGCCAAAGAGCAACGAUGACUUUCGCAAGCUCUUUAAUAUUUAAGCUUAACAUAAGCAAUUGAUGUUUUUAAUUGUAUUCUAAGUUAUCUCUAAGUCGAUUCCUGAAAAUCCCAAAAACAAAACACCUGAAAAACAGCCACACAAAACCAUCAUCAGCGAAGCAGCAGCGCGCGUUGUUUCCAAAUACAUAUUUGUUGUUAUCAAUAAAAGGAAAACAAAUUUGUAAUUUUAGCAAAGCAAUUUGGCAACUAGACUUAAAUAUAUGUAACUACAAAUAUAUAUGUAUAUACACACAAAUAUAUAAAUAUAUAUAUUUGUAUAUCCAUGUUAUGUAAUGCAACAGGCGACCUUGUGAACUAAUUGAAUAAAUUUGAU